GUGGCAUAGGUUAUCAUCUCUGGAGUAGGCAGUAACGUGAAAAUUCCAGCACGCGAAAUUCCGAAUAACAAAUUAAUACAACAUGCAAAUGUAAUCGACGUCGGGUAAUUGUUUCAUAAUGGCGCGGCGGUGAGUCCAAAGUCGAGAAAUGUUUCAAGCCAAGUGUAUUAUAAAACACGCAGAUUAACAUCGAUUUCAAGCAAUGGCUAGAAAUACCAGGAGCUGUAUGCGUUGCACCCGCAAUGUAUUUCCGUGUGAAUUCAUCAAAGACGGGCUUUACUUUCUACCUCUGACUACGAGGAAAGAGCCAAUGUCCAACGACAAAACGUAUUUUUUCUCCAUCGAUAAUGAGUUGGUAUACAUGAAUUAUUAUUCUGACUUUGGCCCGCUAAAUCUCGGAAUGCUUUAUAGAUACUGCAUGAAAGUAAAUAUACUGAGGAAACAUUUUUUCCCUGAAGGGAUAAAAUUGGUGCACUAUACAGGCAGGAAUCCUAAAAAGCGGACGAAUGCUGCUUUCCUUAUCGGUUCGUACGCCAUCAUAUACUUGGAAAUGACUCCCAAGCAGGCUCACGACAUACUAACACAACCGAACACUCCUAGACUACUUGAGUUUCGAGAUGCUUCUAUGAAUGCAACUGCGACCUAUACAAUCACAUUAAUGGACUGUUUCGAAGGUUUGUAUAGGGCGCUGCAGUACGGAUUCUUUAAUUUCACUGAUUUUGACUUGGACGAAUAUGAGACCUACGAGAUGAUUCAAUUUGGAGAUUUAAACUGGAUAAUACCUGAGAAGUUUAUUGCGUUCUGCGGACCAAGCGCCACGGGAAGAGUUUAUAAGAAGCCUGAAUUUUACAUAAAAUAUUUUAAAAUGAAUAACGUCGUCGCGGUGAUUAGAUUAAACGAAGUUAAUUACAACGCAGAGUGCUUUCAGAAAGCGGGCAUAAACCAUUACGAACUCUACUUCGUCGAUGGAGGGGUGCCACCACACGAGGUGCUUCAGAUGUUCUUAGAAAUAGGCGAAAAGUCGAACGGAGCGAUCGCUGUGCACUGCAAGGCAGGACUGGGAAGGACUGGCUCUCUGAUCGGGGCCUACCUGAUGAAACACUACCGCAUGAAGGCCAGAGAAGCCAUUGCCUGGCUGCGAAUCUGUAGGCCGGGUUCUGUUAUAUGCCACCAGCAAGCGUGGAUGGAAGACAUGCAGCACUGGCUCUGGAAGUGUGGCGACUAUUAUAGAAUGAGAAAAUACGGAAAUGUAGAUUACAUAAGUCAUCACAAGUACGGCAUUUAUAGCAUUAAAGCUAAAAUGCAAAAGAGAGACCAAGAACGAAAGGGGACUCCCACGUCCAAAAAUAUAACAGGUUCGAAAGAAGAUCAACAGAGCACGAAAAAGAAAUCAAGCUAUCAAAAAACAUUUUAUUAUGGAUCAAAUACAGUAAGCCAAGAAAAGAAAGAAUACACGGAUAAUAUAAGAGCGGUGUCCAAAGAGAGUCAUAAAUUAUCGACCGCAAUUCCAUAUGCAGGAAGAACAACGGAUUACAACGAUAGCCCCAAGAGUUUGAAUUGUGGUCAAAAAUCUUGCGUGUGGCAAAAUAAGAUGAGAUGUACACACUCUCCUCAACAGUGUGAUUCCAAAAAAUGUGGAACUUGCGUACCACUAUGUAAGAAGGUUUUUACACAAGGUGACUAUUUACGUGCAAUUAAAAUGCAACAAUCUAAAGCUACUCCUCAAUCAACAAGAGAUAAUGUGUUUCUUAACCACAGUCAUAAACUAUCGGCAACUAAAUACUGAAAAAAUGAUUCCGAAGACACGAAUCAAUUUAGAGUUGUUUCAGUACUAUUGUUUACUUUUGGUUUUUCUGUGGUUUGAAUUUUGUCAAAUUCCUGUAACAUUUAUGUACUCGCUGUUUUAUUGUAUACAGUAUUACGUAAAUCAUU